UCUCUUUUUCUAGACACGAUUAUUACAGUUUUGCUGCGGUGGUUCACUUGGAACUCCGGCGACUCCUCCUCCUCCAACGUUCGAAACUUGACUGUAUCGUGCCGUCGUGUCUCAGAGAUGCAGUUUCUGCAGGAGAAGGUGAAGUUGAUAAAGAAGGAAGAGCCAGUAAUGGCGAAGAAGAAUCCUGAAGACAUUCCCGUUUACUGGUUCGAGAACUCUGAUUCUGUCUCUCACCGUUUCCACUUCGAAUCCGACGGCCACCUCUCUAUGAAAGUUGUUGAUGACGCAAGACCUGUUCCUCAGAAGAUGGUUGAAUCCUUCCUUAAUAAGUUCUUCCCUUCUGGAUAUCCAUACAGUGUGAACGAAGGAUAUCUAAGGUACACACAGUUUAGAGCACUUCAGCAUUUAUCAAGUGCAGCGUUAUCUGUGUUAUCGACUCAGUCACUGCUAUUUGCUGCAGGCUUGCGGCCUACACCGGCUCAAGCAACUGUUGUUAGCUGGAUUUUGAAAGAUGGGAUGCAGCAUGUGGGAAAGCUGAUUUGUAGCAAUUUGGGUGCAAGAAUGGACUCUGAGCCUAAACGUUGGAGGGUACUGGCUGACGUGCUUUACGAUAUUGGUACUGGUCUGGAACUCGUUUCUCCAUUAUGCCCACAUCUGUUUCUUGAAAUGGCUGGUCUUGGGAAUUUCGCUAAGGGAAUGGCUACGGUUGCAGCAAGGGCAACAAGAUUACCAAUCUAUUCAUCUUUUGCCAAAGAAGGAAAUCUUAGUGACAUUUUCGCCAAAGGAGAAGCUAUCUCUACUCUUUUUAACGUUGCCGGGAUAGGUAUUGGGAUUCAACUUUCUUCCACAAUAUGUUCAUCAAUGGAAGGAAAGUUGGUGGUUGGGUCGAUUCUUUCGGUUGUACAUGUGUUUAGCGUUGUAGAACAAAUGCGAGGGGUACCGAUCAACACACUGAAUCCACAGAGAACCGCUUUGAUCGUGGCUAAUUUUCUCAAGACGGGUAAAGUCCCAAGCCCUGCUGACUUAAGAUUCCAAGAAAACCUAAUGUUCCCCGAGAGACCAAUCCAAGAAGCAGGAAAUGUAAAAGUGGGAAGGGCUCUCCAUAAAGCUGUGAAGCCUUCUGAGGUGCAGAAACUAAAAGAAGUGUUUGUAGAAGAGAAGUUUCUAUUGAGUCAUGGAAAGUCAUGUACUGAUAUGGUCUUAGAGCAUGAUGCAACUGGUGAAGACGCAUUGCGAGGGUGGUUAGUUGCAGCAUAUGCCAAGUCUAUGAAAAAUAUGUACAACGACCCUGAUGACAUUAUAUUGCAAGACGCAUAUGACAGAAUGUACGAUGUCUUCAGUCCGUUUUUAUCUCAAGUGCAAGCGAAAGGAUGGUAUACUGAUAGAUUUCUCGAUGGCACGGGAACAAGAUUUGCUCGGUAGCUCCCGAGUUUCAGAUAAAUUGUUAAUGUAAUUCUUUUGUUUCAAGUGUAAACACGAAUUUGUAGACGUAAGAAGUCUUUGUCCAGAUCAUGAAUCCACAACUGAAGACUUCGAUUGAUAGGCUAGAGUGAGAUUGUUAGGUGAAACAAAAGUUUGAAGGUACGGUUCUUGUCCUCGUUUGUACUUUGCAUUGUAGUCUACAUUUAUUAUCAUAUAAAUCAAUCGAAGUGGAAUCUGAUUAAUACUU